AGCCGAGGAGAGGGGACGAGGGUCGAGGGUCUACCAGUUUACCCAGGGCUUCCAGUUCACAGUAAAACAGGGCGUGUUGUUAUGAGGAGUCUGGAUUGUUAGUGAGUGAGUCCUCAGGAAUUUUGGCUUCGACACCCUCAAGUCUGGACGUGCCUCAGGAACACAGACGCAGACAGACAAACGGAGGCAGACAGACGCAGACAUGACUCCUUCAGCAAGCGAUGCAGAAAGCGGGCUUUGUAACAAACAGCGCAGACCCAAAACUUACAGGAAGUUAGCCAUCUGCAGCAUCAUCUGCGGCCUGUCGUGCAUCGGCAUCGUGUCGCUCAUCAACUCAGUCAAGGCUGAAGAAUCCAAAUCAGUCCAGAAGAGUAAAAUCCAUUCUAAAAAAGCUCUGAAAUAUGGAAUCAUAGCCAUCGUGGCCUGGGUGCUGCUAUUGAUUAGUAUCCCACUCGUACUGGGGCUGCUGUCCUACCUGCUGACAUUUAUAAACUGAGAGAGAUGAACAGAACCUCAAAAACCACACGGAGACAUGGAGCGCAAGAACAACGGACCUCAAUGACACUACAAGCUGUCCCCAGAACCUCGGACGUGGAGACAUGGAGCGCAAGAACAACGGACCUCAAUGACACUACAAGCUGUCCCCAGAACCUCGGACGUGGAGACAUGGAGCGCAAGAACAACAAACAUGGAGCCCAAAAACUAUGAACCUCAAAGACUCAACAUGCAGUUCCCAAAACUUCAAACAUGGAAAAAUAAAUCCCAAAGAUGUGUUGUCCCCAAAACAAUAAACAUGGACUCACAGUAAUCAGGUCUACUGAUCAACCCAAGGUCUUUCGCACCCUGAUCCUGUGCAACACCCAUAACUACCUACUGUGCCACCAAACAUGGUGAAUCGGCCGAGGCGCGUUUAGGUUCUGAACUGACCGCGUGACUCGGGUCUCUGAGGUCGGACUCUAGAACAGAAUGAAGAGGUUCAACCACGUUACCGUCAGAUAUUUAAACUGUUUGUGUUUUGUCUGUUACGAAAUGUAAGGUUUGGUCCGGGUUCGAACACUGCGUCUCAAAUCACACACUGCAACUGUGCUACAACGAGCUGCUUCUUAGCUUACAAAGAUUUAAACUUUAGGCAAUAAUAUGUAAAUCAUAUCCGAACCCUGUAUUUAGUCUCCCCUACAUGAUAAACAACCGCAGUGUGAUUUGAGACACAGACUGACAUCACGAUACUGAUAUAAGCUGGGACGCCUUUUUGUUUAUCAUAUGUAUAUCUUACACAUGAACAGAACAAUAAAAGGGCCUCGCUCAAAGGUCCAACAGUGGCUGCUUAGCAGAGCUGGGAUUCAAAUCCACCACUUUUCUACUCGUAUCCUGAAGCUAAAAUAAGGUAAAAUAAACAAAUAAUGAUGUGGUUUCUAUAGGGAGAUUGUAAUUAUGAUUCAGGUACAAAAAGCAGCAUCCAUGAAAGGCUUGAGAGGAGCAAAGACGAACAAAAUUAUUAAAAUGUUCCUUGAAGAAAGAUCGGAAGAGAUUUAUAAACAUUUCCCUCUACAGUGUGAUAAAAUAAGUCAAAGUAAAUAGAAGAAACACAGCAUUAUUAAUGUAUAGUUUUUAUAUUCUUUAUUACAAUAUGUACAACA